UUUCAUCAACUUGUUUAAUUCUCUGAAAGAAAAAAUAUACUGAGUUUGUCUGCACUUUUGCCCGUGUAUAGAUGGAUUUUGAUACCAAAAACAGUUCUUUUUUUGUUUUACUUUUCAUUUUUGUCCUGUGCAAUAAACAGCAUAGUUCAAUUGCAGAUGAUACUAUCUCUGCAAGUGGAACUCUAAACGCUACGGAUUCUAUUAUAUCGAAAAAUGGCAACUUCAGAAUGGGUUUCUUCACCCCAAUUGAGUCUGAGACGCACUUCACAAGUACGUCUUAUAAGUACUACCUAGGUAUUUGGUACAACUAUAAAAGAGUCUCAUUGCAAACAGUAGUUUGGGUGGCUAAUAGAGAUAAACCGCUCGGUCAGACAGAAGAUUUCCAACUGAAACUUUUAGAAAAUGGUAAUCUAGUUCUCUACAACUCGUUCAAAUCCGCAAUUUGGUCUACUAAUUCAGCUUCAAGUACUUCUAAUACAACUGAAGCAAUUUUAGGUGAUGACGGGAAUCUUGUUUUAAGAGAUAAGUCUAAUCCAUCUGUUAUUAUUUGGCAGAGUUUUGAUUAUCCUACUGAUACCUGGUUACCUGGUGCCAAAAUUGGGUUCAAUAAGAAAACUAAUAAAAAUUAUUUGCUUACUUCAUGGAGGAAUCUUGGAGAUCCAGCCACGGGACUUUUCAGCCUAGAAUUAGAUCCAAAUGGAAUGAAUCGGUAUGUUACAAAAUGGAACAAGUCCAUAGCGUAUUGGACAAGUGCGGAAUGGAAUGAGAAAGCAAAAACCUUUAGAUCAGUUCCUGAGAUGAGUUUGAAUGACAUUCAUACUUUUAGUUACAUUUCAAAUGAAAAUGAGAGUUAUUUUACUUAUCAUCUUAUUAAUAGUUCAGCUGUUUCACAAUUUGAGUUGGAUUUUCAGGGAAAAAUCAAUCAGUAUAUAUGGUCAGAUAUAGAUGAACAGUGGUAUUUGUUUCGGUCUGAGCCGGAACAACUUUGUGAUAUUUAUGGUAUCUGUGGACCUUUUGGUAUCUGCAACAACCAGUCUAUGUGCGAGUGUUUUCCUGGUUUCGUAGAACGAUCUCGUUCAUAUAGUUAUCUUUGGGAUUCAACUAGUGGGUGUCGUAGGAAUACAUCUUUGCAGUGUGGGAGUACAGAUGCUUUUUCACCAAUUCCAACCUCGAAUUUGCCUGAUAAACCCCUGUUUAAACAAGUCAAUAGCAUGGAAGAAUGCAAAUCAGCUUGCCAGAGAAAUUGUUCUUGCAAUGCGUAUGCUUAUGGGAUCGGUGGGUGCCAAUUAUGGGAGGGAGAUAUGUGGAAUGCUCAUUCGCAAUCAGAUGGCACAGAAGAGAUUCUCUAUCUCAGACGUGCAGAAGUCAGCAAGAUAAAGGGGGUUAAUUUGAAGAUCGUGAUACCUGUAAUAGUAUUUUCGGUGGCCAUUAUAGUGAGCAUAUUAGGAUACAUAUAUCUGUACAAGAAGAAUAAGGCUACUGAAAGAGGAAUAUUAAACGGAUUCGAGGGGCUGUUGAUCUAUUUGUGGAAAAUCAAGGCUAUCUAUAAAAAAAAUCCAAAUUCAAACAUGUUUAAUGAUUAUAAAACUGACGGGGAAACACAGGAAUUAGAAAUAUUUAACCUUGCUUGUCUAUCCAUUGCUACUAACAACUUCUGCUUGAAAAAUAAAUUGGGCCAAGGGGGUUUUGGGCCAGUUUAUAAGGGUAAAUUACAAAACGGGAAGCAAAUAGCAGUGAAAAGACUGUCGAAAAGCUCUGGACAGGGUAUUGAAGAGUUUAAGAAUGAGGUUGUACUGAUCUCCAAACUUCAACACCGUAACCUUGUCAAGCUGGUUGGUUGCUGUGUCGAAGGAGAAGAGAACAUGUUAGUUUAUGAAUACAUGCCCAACAAAAGCCUGGAUGCAUUUCUAUUUGAUCCAAGGAAAAAAAUACAACUAGAUUGGGAUCAACGGUUCAAUAUCAUUGGAGGGAUCGCUCGUGGCCUUCUUUACCUUCAUCGUGAUUCUCGAUUAAGAGUUAUCCAUAGAGAUCUCAAAGUCAGUAACAUUCUAUUGGAUGAAUUCAUGAUCCCAAAAAUUUCAGAUUUUGGAAUGGCGAGGAUAUUUGGGGGAAACCAAACUAUAGAUAGUACUGGCAGGGUAGUGGGUACAAUUGGUUAUAUGUCUCCGGAGUAUAUGAUUGGAGGGACAUUUUCGGAAAAGUCUGACGUCUUCAGCUUUGGAGUGUUAUUACUAGAAGUUGUAAGCGGUAAGAGAAAUAACAGCUUCUACAAUCCCGAACAACCCUUAAACCUUCUGCUUCAUGCUUGGAGACUUUGGAAUGAAGGCAAAUGGUCAGAUAUUGUCGAUGAGGAUUUGGGUGAUAUGUAUUCUCCAUAUGAAGUGAUGAAAUGCAUACAUAUUGGGCUGUUAUGUGGUCAGAAUAGUGCAGUAGAUAGGCCAACCAUGGCUGAUGUAGAUCGCAUGCUUGGGAAUGAAACUGAUCGCACAGCUCCGAAAGAACCUCCAUAUACUUUUCUGGCAUCAUCUGAUAAGCCUGCUGUUCCACGUAUUCAGUGCUCGAAUAAUAAUGUCACUCUGACCAAGGUUGAAGGUCGAUAGGGUAUUUUAAAAGCUGAGAGUUAUAUCAAUUGUUCACACAUUGGAAUAUUUAUUAAGUUUACAUUAAGUACCUUAUCUUUAAGUUCACUUCAUCUCUGUAUACUUUAAGAAUGAUGUUCAUUCUAAGAUGACAUGGUGUCUUUAUGCAAGUUGUGUCUAGGC